AUGCCUAGCAGAGAUUCAAAACGUAAUCAAUAUGGUAAUUAUAAUAAUUAUGGAUAUGCUAAUGGACGCAAUGGUGGUUCAUCACGUAACCAUGUAAUACCAAGUGAACCUCCAUUUACAGCUUAUAUUGGUAAUGCACCUGAUUCAAUGGUACAAGGUGAUUUUGAAAAUCAUCUAUUUGUUGGAUUAAAAGUUAAACAAGUUCGAUUAGUACGUGAUCGACAAACAGAUCGAUUUCGAGGUUUUGCUUAUGUCGAUUUUGAAGAUGAAGAAUCAUUACGUCGUGCUAUUGAAUUAGAUGGAGCCUGUAUUAAUGAUCGUCCAAUUCGAAUUGAUGUUGCUGCUCGACCAUUGGGCGCAACUAAAUCUGAAGGAUUUCGACAUAAACCUGGUUUUGAAUCUCGUGAUGAUCGUCGUCAUCCAUUAGGAAAUAACAAUAAUCGAUCCGAUAAUAGAUUUCGUCAAGGUGGACGUCGUGAUAAUAAUAGUUAUAAUCAACAAGAAACUUUUCAAAAUGUUACUGAUGGAUACGAUGUAGAUGGAUAUAACAAUGAAUCUCUUAAUGAACGAAAUUAUCGUUCAUCAACUUCAGGUAAAACUCGUGAACGUCAUCAUAGUUACAAUCAACAACAAAAAGUACCUAAUGAUGAUGUUUUUCUUGCAUCUGAUACACCAGCAUCAAAUGAAGAUACUAUUGAUCAAACAAAUAAUGAUCAAAGUACAACCAUAGUUCGACAACAAAGUCGUAAUUGGGCUGAUUGUCCUAUUGAUGAAACUAUUAUUGAACCAUCACCACCACCAAGUGCCAAUAAUACAUUUACUAGUGAUGAUUUUCAAGUUGUUCGUAAUAAAACUGUAAAAUCUCGUACAAAUCAACAAUCAUCAUCAUCAUCAUCACGUUCUAUGGGUGGUAAUCAAUUUACUCGUAAUCGUAAUAAUGGAAAUCAUCAUCGUGGAGGAACAUCACAGAUGGUUGGUGGACGUAAUUAUUAUGAACAAUUUCCUAUGCAAUAUAUAAAUCAUCCUCAACAAUUUUAUCAUCAGCAACAACCACCUUCUCAAAUUCAUAUGGGUUUAUCAUAUCGUAUGAAUAAUAAUAAUAAUAAUAAUAAUAAUAAUAACAAUAAUAAUCGACAUCAACCAUCGUCAGGAUCACGACAACGAUUAAAUUCCAAUAGAUCAAAUAAUAGUCGAAAUUAUAAUGAUAAUAAUGGACCUAUAAAAAACGAAACUAGUGAUAAUUCAAAUGAUAUUAAUAAUAAUUCAGUACCAUCUGAAAAUCGACCACGUUUACGUCUAUUACCUCGUUCACAAAAACUUUCGUCGUCAACCGAUGAUAAUCAAACACCAGAACCAACAACACGAAAUCCAAGUAUAUUUGGUUCUGGUAAACCACGUGAUGAACAUGAUCCAAAAUUGGCUGAGUUAAAUAAACAUAUCGAGGAAGUAGUUGAGAAAGAACAACAUGUACCUCGAAUUAAAUCGACUCCAUCGAAUGGAUCAAUAGAUGUUGUCGCCAAGCCGGUGCGAAUUUUAACGGCAGCAAAGGAAUCAUUAGUUGGCCAUUGA